GGGAACGCGUGUGCCCAAUCGCCGGGCCGCUCGGCCUGUGAGCUGAUGGGGGGCGGGGAGGAGCCCUCUUGGGCCGGGACAAAAGCCGGAUUCUGGGCAGCUGCAGGCGGCUGGAGCGAUCCAGGGAGGUUGGGUGAUCUGGGCUUGCGGACGAAGAGCCGGGCUCGGGUUUUCUCGGAGAGGUAAACCAGGUCCCUCUGCAGCCAUGUCAGCCAAGGCAAUUUCAGAGCAGACUGGCAAGGAACUCCUUUACAAGUAUAUCUGUACCACCUCAGCCAUCCAGAACCGGUUCAAGUAUGCCCGGGUUACUCCUGACACAGACUGGGCCCGUCUGCUGCAGGACCACCCCUGGUUGCUCAGCCAGAGCUUGGUAGUCAAGCCAGACCAAUUGAUCAAACGUCGAGGAAAGCUUGGCCUCGUCGGGGUCAACCUCACUCUGGAUGGAGUCAAGUCCUGGCUAAAACCUCGACUGGGACAUGAGGCCACUGUCGGCAAGGCCAAAGGCUUCCUGAAGAACUUUCUGAUCGAACCCUUCGUCCCCCACAGUCAGGCGGAGGAGUUCUAUGUGUGUAUCUAUGCUACCCGGGAAGGAGACUACGUCUUGUUCCACCACGAAGGGGGUGUGGAUGUGGGCGAUGUGGAUGCCAAAGCCCAGAAGCUUCUUGUGGGUGUGGAUGAAAAGCUGAACACUGAGGACAUUAAGAGACACCUGUUGCUCCAUGCCCCUGAAGACAAAAAAGAAAUCCUGGCCAGCUUCAUCUCCGGCCUGUUCAAUUUCUACGAGGAUCUGUACUUCACCUACCUUGAGAUCAACCCCCUUGUGGUGACCAAAGAUGGUGUCUACAUCCUUGACUUGGCGGCUAAGGUGGAUGCUACAGCUGACUACAUCUGCAAAGUCAAGUGGGGUGAUAUAGAGUUCCCUCCCCCCUUUGGGCGUGAGGCAUAUCCAGAGGAAGCCUACAUUGCUGACCUGGAUGCCAAAAGUGGGGCAAGCCUGAAGCUGACCCUGCUGAACCCAAAGGGACGUAUCUGGACCAUGGUUGCUGGGGGUGGCGCAUCCGUUGUGUACAGUGAUACCAUCUGUGAUCUUGGAGGUGUCAACGAACUGGCUAAUUACGGGGAGUACUCGGGUGCCCCCAGUGAACAACAGACCUAUGACUAUGCCAAGACCAUCCUCUCACUUAUGACUCGAGAGAAGCACCCAGAUGGCAAGAUCCUCAUCAUUGGAGGCAGCAUUGCCAACUUCACCAAUGUGGCUGCCACCUUCAAGGGCAUUGUGAGGGCAAUUCGAGAUUACCAGGGUCCCCUGAAGGAGCAUGAGGUCACGAUAUUUGUCCGAAGAGGUGGCCCCAACUAUCAGGAGGGAUUACGAGUGAUGGGAGAAGUUGGGAAGACUACUGGAAUCCCCAUCCAUGUCUUUGGCACAGAAACUCACAUGACAGCUAUUGUGGGCAUGGCCCUGGGCCACCGGCCCAUCCCCAACCAGCCACCCACAGCGGCUCACACUGCCAACUUCCUCCUUAAUGCCAGCGGGAGCACAUCGACUCCAGCACCCAGCAGGACAGCGUCUUUUUCUGAGUCCAGAGCUGAUGAAGUGGCCCCUGCAAAGAAAGCCAAGCCAGCCAUGCCCCAAGAUUCAGUCCCAAGUCCAAGAUCCCUGCAAGGAAAGAGUGCCACCCUCUUCAGCCGCCAUACCAAGGCUAUCGUGUGGGGCAUGCAGACCCGGGCCGUGCAAGGCAUGCUGGACUUUGACUACGUGUGCUCCCGAGAUGAGCCCUCAGUGGCUGCCAUGGUCUACCCCUUCACUGGGGAUCACAAGCAGAAGUUUUACUGGGGACACAAGGAAAUCCUGAUCCCUGUCUUCAAGAACAUGGCUGAUGCCAUGAAAAAGCAUCCAGAGGUAGAUGUGCUAAUCAACUUUGCCUCUCUGCGGUCCGCUUAUGACAGCACCAUGGAGACCAUGAGCUAUGCGCAGAUCCGGACCAUAGCCAUCAUAGCAGAAGGCAUUCCUGAGGCCCUUACACGGAAGCUCAUCAAAAGGGCCGACCAGAAGGGAGUGACCAUCAUUGGGCCAGCCACGGUUGGGGGCAUCAAGCCUGGAUGCUUUAAGAUUGGCAAUACUGGUGGGAUGCUGGACAACAUCCUGGCCUCCAAACUGUACCGCCCAGGCAGCGUAGCCUACGUCUCACGUUCUGGAGGCAUGUCUAACGAACUCAACAAUAUCAUCUCGAGGACCACAGAUGGUGUCUAUGAGGGUGUGGCCAUCGGCGGGGACAGGUACCCUGGCUCCACAUUCAUGGAUCAUGUGCUACGUUACCAGGACACUCCAGGAGUCAAGAUGAUUGUAGUUCUUGGGGAGAUAGGGGGUACAGAGGAAUAUAAGAUCUGCCGCGGCAUCAAGGAGGGCCGCCUCACCAAGCCAGUCGUCUGCUGGUGCAUCGGGACCUGUGCCUCCAUGUUCUCCUCUGAGGUCCAGUUUGGCCAUGCUGGAGCUUGUGCCAACCAGGCUUCUGAAACUGCAGUAGCCAAGAACCAGGCCUUGAAGGAGGCAGGAGUGUUUGUGCCCCGAAGCUUUGAUGAGCUUGGCGAAAUCAUUCAGUCCGUGUAUGAAGAUCUUGUGGCCAAAGGAGCCAUCGUACCUGCUCAGGAAGUGCCACCUCCAACUGUGCCCAUGGACUACUCUUGGGCCAGGGAGCUAGGUUUGAUCCGCAAACCUGCCUCCUUCAUGACCAGCAUCUGUGACGAGCGAGGACAGGAACUCAUUUAUGCCGGCAUGCCCAUCACCGAGGUCUUCAAGGAAGAGAUGGGCAUUGGUGGCGUCCUCGGCCUCCUCUGGUUCCAGAGAAGGUUGCCCAAGUAUUCCUGCCAGUUCAUUGAGAUGUGUCUGAUGGUGACAGCUGACCAUGGGCCUGCUGUCUCUGGGGCCCACAACACCAUUAUCUGUGCUCGGGCUGGGAAGGACCUGGUCUCCAGCCUCACCUCAGGGCUGCUCACCAUUGGAGAUCGGUUUGGGGGUGCCUUGGAUGCAGCAGCGAAGAUGUUCAGUAAAGCAUUCGACAGUGGCAUUAUUCCCAUGGAGUUUGUGAACAAGAUGAAGAAAGAAGGAAAACUGAUCAUGGGCAUUGGUCACCGAGUGAAAUCGAUAAACAACCCAGACAUGCGAGUACAGAUCCUCAAAGACUUUGUCAAGCAGCACUUCCCUGCCACCCCGCUGCUUGAUUAUGCACUGGAAGUGGAGAAGAUCACCACCUCAAAGAAGCCGAAUCUCAUCCUGAAUGUGGAUGGUUUCAUCGGCGUUGCGUUUGUGGACAUGCUUCGAAACUGCGGCUCCUUCACCCGGGAGGAGGCUGAUGAAUACGUUGACAUUGGAGCCCUCAAUGGCAUCUUUGUGCUAGGAAGGAGCAUGGGCUUCAUUGGGCACUAUCUUGAUCAGAAGAGGCUGAAGCAAGGCCUGUAUCGUCACCCAUGGGAUGACAUUUCCUAUGUUCUUCCGGAACACAUGAGCAUGUAACUGAGCCAGGAGCCCCUACUAUAGUAAAAGGAACACCGAGACUCCCUCCUGGAUAAUAGGACAGACAGCUGGAAGCAGAGUCCAUCAUAGGCGGGGCCUGCAACAGAAGUAGCCAUCAAAGUACAGGAUGGAAGACCAGCACACACAGGCUGGCACCCAUUCAGUCCACACAAAAAAGCUCAGUAUUUU